UCCUCUUUCGGUUGGCGCCUGAAUGUUAAGCGAAAUUUUAAAGGAUUUAACGUUUAUUCGCUUGUUUGUGUGUAAAAAGCAUUAUGCAGAGGGCUCGUGCCAGCUUGGGUACGCCUAAGAGCUCCGGCGGCGGACGUCAAAGUGGCCAGUUCCGGGUGCCACAGCUCACGGUCCAGCAGCACCUGAAGGCCCAGCAACAACAGGCAUCGGAAGACGCGGACAUAGACGCCCUGGAUGAUGCACUUAUCUUCGACGAUGAGGAGGGUGGAACACGCAUCGGCGAUAUAUACAUCCCGCCUCCAAUACCGCCGCACUGCUCCAUGGAGAGCACGGGCCCGCGGUUAAUCAUUAAGAAGAUUGUGAACCGAAACUUCAAGAGCUAUGCGGGGGAAGUGGAGCUGGGACCGUUCCACCAGAGCUUCACCGCCAUCAUUGGACCCAAUGGAAGUGGCAAGAGUAACGUCAUCGACUCCAUGAUGUUUGUCUUCGGCUGCAGAGCGAAUCGCAUUCGCUGCAAGAAGGUUUCCACCUUGAUUCACUCGUCCUCCCGAUUUCCCAAUUUGCGAAGCUGCUCCGUGGCCGUGCACUUCGAGCAGAUCGUUGACAAGGGCGACGGAUCGUGCGAGUCUGUCCCAGACUCUGCCAUCGUCAUCGAACGUACGGCCAUGUCUGAUAGCUCCUCCUAUUACCAAAUCAACGAUAAACGUGCCCAGCUGAGGGAUGUGGCCAAGCUGCUCAAGAAGCACCAUGUAGAUCUGGAGCACAACCGAUUCCUGAUUCUCCAGGGCGAGGUGGAGUCCAUUGCCAUGAUGAAGCCAAAAGGACAGGCGGAGAACGAAACCGGUAUGCUGGAGUACCUCGAGGAUAUUGUCGGCACACAGCGCUAUAUCCGCCCGUUGCAACAGAUCAAUCAAAGGGUCGAUCAGCUAACAGAUGACCGCACGGAAAAGCACAAUCGUUGCAAGCUGGCUGAGCGCGAGAUGAAGGAUCUGGAGCAGCCGUACAAUGAGGCUGUCGAUUACCUGAAAAAGGAGAACGAGGAGGUCCGCGUUAACUCGUGCAUCAUUCAAAAGCAAAUCAGCAUGAGGAAGGCAACGCUGGAACAGUACACGAAGCAGCACCAGUCCUGUGAGGAGGAACUCAAGGCCCAUGACGAUAGCAUCGAGGCCUUAAAGAAGGACCGGACCGAGAAGGAGAAUGUCAUCAGGAAGGAGAUUGAGGCCUACGAAACGCUGGUUAAGAAGCGCGAACAAAUAAAGAAAAGGCUGGUGACUGCCGAGAGAGCUCACACCGAAAUCCAGAGCACCAUGGAGAACACCAACAAGCAGCGGAAAAAGGACAAGGCGCAGAUCGAGAAGAACGAAAAGGAGUUGGAGGAUCUGCACAAGCUGCCGGAGAAGAAUCAGCGCGAGAUUGAGGAUUGCAAUAAGAAACUAGAGCGUCUGGAGAAGGAGAAGGUAACGCUGAAUGAAGAGCUGGAAAAGCAGCUGGGCAUGCUAAAGGAAAAGUCGGAGCCCCUAACCGAAAAACGCCUGAAGCUCAGUGACGAACUGGUCGGCCUUAAGGAGAAAGUAAACGCGGCCAAGGCGGAGCUGCAGGUAUUCGAGUCCCAGCUUAAAAUCCUCAAGCAGGCAGAGACUACCGAGACUAGGAAAUAUCAAACCCUAAAGGACUCUUAUGAGCAGUCGCAGAAGAGUCUCGAGGAGAAGCUAACAAGGGUAGAUGAGCUGAAGGAGAACAUUCCACGUAUGCAGACGGAAAUAGCAACAAAGACAGCAGAAGUGGAAAAAAUGGUGCAUGAAGAGCGAAAUCUGACCGUAAAAUGUAAUAGACUUCGAACAGAGAUCAAUGAAAGAUCCAGCAACAUGCAGGCUCAGCGUUCCAACGACAAAGUUCUCGACUUUCUCAUGCAACAAAAGAUGGAUGGAAAGAUCCCUGGCAUUCUGGGCCGCCUUGGCAACUUGGGCGGCAUUGAUGCCAAGUACGAUGUGGCCAUUUCCACCGCCUGUGGUCGCUUGGACAAUAUUGUUACUGACAACUAUGAUACUGCAGCGGCGGCCAUUGCUGCCCUGAAGAAGUACAACGUGGGCAGAGCCACCUUCAUCACACUAGACAAGGUGGAGCACCUCCGUCGCGAUGCCACCUCUAGAAUCAAUACGCCCGAGAACGUGGCUAGAUUGUAUGAUCUUAUUCAGGUCGAAGACGAUCGUGUGAGGACCGCCUUCUUUUUCGCUCUAAGGAAUACGCUGGUGAGUGACGAUUUGGAGCAGGGCACUCGGAUAGCUUACGGCAAGACCCGAUACCGAGUGGUGACUCUGCGCGGUGAAAUGAUCGAGACGACGGGCACCAUGUCCGGUGGUGGAAAUCGUCCGAUUCGAGGCAAAAUGGGAACACAGGUGCGCACCAAGACGGCGGAAUCGGCGGACAGCUCUCAGGUAUCGCAGAAGGCGCUGGAAGAUAUGCAGGUGCAGGCAGAGGAACUGCAGACGCGGAUUAACUACUGCCAGGAGCAGCAGGGUCGAUUGGAACGGGAGGUUCACACUCUGAAGAUGAAUCACCAGCGUGACGAGGCAGAGUGCAAGCGGCUGGCAGUGAGCAUCACAUCCUUGGAGCAGCAGAUGGCUAGUAAUUUAAAGCAAUGCGAGGCGCAGCGCCAGCGGAUGCUAAAAAAGACCACCGAUGAGGGGGCAGUCAAGGAACGAGAGGAGCAGAUCGAAGGUGCCAAGCAGGAACUUGAACAGGCCCAAUUUGCUGAGCAGGCUGUCUCCAGCCAAAUCGAGGAGAUCCAGGCCCAGUACGAUGCCCUACGAAACGACAACGUCAAGCCCGUGGAGGCAAAAAUAAAAAAGGUGGGCAGCCAAAUAGAGAAGCUAGCCGCUAAUGUGCGAUCAAUGAAUGUCGCCCUGGCGACAGCCGAUCGCAACAUUAAGAAGAUUACUGAAAACAAUGCCAAUCUUCGGGAGAACAUCAAAGCGGCGGAAGAGAAAUUAACAUCGCUGAACGAGGAUCGCAAGAAAUGCCAAGAGAAGGAGGAGGAGCUCGAGAAAGAAGUAAAAGAGGCGGAAGAAGCCAUUGGCAGUGCUAAAUCCCAAUCGUCUGACAUUAAAAAACAAAUUGAUGAGUUGACAAAGCAGGAAAGCAAACUCAAUAUCGAGCGCAUCGAACUGGUCAACAAGCUACAGGCAGCGACAGGUAAACUCAACGCCGUGAAGGCUGAUAUUCCCAUAUUGCAGGCCAAGCUAAAGCCACUAAAGCUCAACGAGAUACCAGGAGAAACGGAACCCCAAGAGCCACUAAAAGAAUACACCGAAGAAGAACUUGAGGCAGUCGAUCUCGAUCAGAAGGAAUUUGAGCAUACAAAACUUUUGGAAGAGCUCAGAAAGAAGCCAAAUUUGGGCUGCAUCAAGGAUUUCAACGAGAAGCGCAACAUCUACCUGGAACGUGUGCGUGUCUUGGAAGAUAUCACCUCAAAGCGAAACGAGAUGCGAGACAAGUACGAGGAGGUGCGGAAGCGUCGCUACAAGGAGUUCAUGGAUGGAUUCAGCAUCAUCACAAGGAAACUCAAGGAAAUGUACCAAAUGAUCACCUUGGGCGGCGAUGCCGAGCUGGAGCUUGUAGACUCUAUGGAUCCAUUUACCGAGGGCGUCAACUUCACGGUGCGACCACCCAAAAAGAGCUGGAAAUAUAUCUCGAAUCUCUCAGGCGGCGAGAAGACCCUUUCGUCACUGGCUUUAGUGUUUGCUCUUCAUUAUUACAAGCCUUCGCCGCUCUACUUUAUGGACGAAAUCGAUGCGGCGCUGGACUUUAAGAAUGUGUCCAUUGUGGGUCACUACAUCAAGGUGACGUACCAAAACGCCCAGUUCAUUAUUGUGUCGCUGCGUGUGAAUAUGUUCGAGUUGGCCAACUAUCUCGUUGGCAUCUACAAGGUGAACGACUGCACUGAUUCCUGCACGCUGCUAAAUCAUCCGCCUCAGCUGCCCAGCGGCACUCAGCAUUCAAGAAUGCUAAGUACAACCAAUUCGCAGGACUCGUUAAUAAUGCCCGAGAACGAUGAGAACCAAUUGCCGGAGAGUCAGCCGAGGCCGUCGCAGCCACUGUCACAGUCGUCCCAGCCGAUUCCCGGUAGGGAGACCACCUUUGCCCCGCCCUUGGACAGCACGGGAAUAAACGAUACGCAAGCACCACCACGACCAUCGCAGGAGCAGAUACAGCAGGGUAGAGAGACGACAUUUGCACCGCCCAUGGAGAGCACGGCAAUCGAGGCGACAGCCAAGACAAGCGAAGCGCCGAAUAUUUCUCUGCAAACCCCUCCUCCGAACUCGCCGCCUACGAUUAAUACUUAAUUUUAAGACGCAAGGCCAAGCUUACAGUGUAUUAUCCUAUUUGUAGUCUACACCGAUCAAAUUGAAUUAUUAUGUAUC